AUGUCUAAUCUGGAAAGCUUCGCCAAGCUUCUACGAAAACCUGGGCCGAUUCUUCUCCAUGGCGCCUCUGGUGUUGGAAAGACGGCACUUGUCCGGGAGAUUGCGACUCAACUUGGGAUGCAAUCCGAAAUGGUCACACUGCAUCUGAACGAGCAAACUGACGCAAAGAUGCUCAUUGGCCUGUAUUCCACAGACUCCAAGCCAGGCAGCUUUCAAUGGCGCCCAGGUGUGCUGACGACGGCUGUUCAAGAGGGAAGAUGGGUCCUCGUCGAAGAUCUUGACCGCGCACCAACCGAAGUUCUCAGCACAUUGCUACCCUUGAUUGAGCGCAGCGAACUUCUAAUACCGAGCCGAGGAGAGACUGUCCGAGCAGCGAGCACGUUCCGCCUCCUCGCCACAGUUAGGACGUCCCGAGGUUUGAACGGUCGCGAAAACUUGCCCACGUCGGUUGGAAUGCGCUUUUGGCAGUCCCUCCACACAGAACAGCUUACGGAUUCGGAGCUCGAGCGUGUACUCGUCGAGACGCAUCCCAUCCUUCGAAAAUACACCACCGGAAUCUUAGCUGUACAUCGUCGGCUGGCCCGACUGAGCAGCUCCCCUAUCGCAACUGCGCGUGGACGCAGCGUGAUGGACAGGCGGCCUAACCUCAGAGAUUUGCUGAAGUGGUGUCGCCGGUUAAAAGAGUGCCUGCUAGCUGCAGGGUCAACAACUGGGGAGGAGCCCAUUUCUGAGACCACUAGGGACUGGAUGUUCAUGGAGGCUGUGGAUUGUUUUCUGGGAAGCUGCGCCGAUGCCGACUUGAGCAAGCAUCUUGCCUUUGCGAUUGCUGAAGAGAUGCACUUGUCUAGGGAACGGGCAGAACAUUAUUUGACUGCCAAUAUACCCCCCCUUAAUGAGAGUGAGACUCAGCUAGCAAUUGGUAGAGUUACCUUGAGGAAGAAGCGAGCUCAGCCAAAGGCUGCCAAGCCAAAGCAGCCGUUUGCAAGUACUGUGCAUGCCAAGAGGCUCCUCGAACAAAUUGCCGUGGCUGUGAAGCUUGAAGAGCCAGUGCUGCUGGUCGGCGAGACUGGUAUCGGCAAGACGACGGUUGUGCAGCAGCUGGCAGAGUCACUAGGCAACAAGCUAAUCGCGGUCAAUCUUUCGCAACAGAGUGAAGUCGGAGAUCUUCUUGGUGGAUUCAAGCCGGUCAAUGUUCGAAGUCUUGCAGUUCCACUCAAGGAGGAAUUCCAGGAUCUGUUUGAAGCAACCGGCAUCUCAGCAUCGAAGAACCAAAAAUAUUUGGAGCAGGUGGGGAAAUGCUUUGCCAAAUCGCAAUGGUCCAAGGUUGCAAAGCUCUGGAAAGAAGCACCUAAAAUGUUUGUCAAGAUUGUUGCUGAACUGGAGAAGGCUCAUGCGCAAGCCCAGAAAGAGCGGCAAGAUGAUGCCCAACCAACGAAGCGCAGAAAGACACAAUCCAAAUUGCAGAGCUUACUCGACCUCCGACCGCGUUGGGAGACCUUUGCCCGAAACCUGGAGCAGUUUGAAGUUCAAAUCGCCGCUGGACCCGGGGGCUUUGCCUUUUCAUACGUUGAGGGUAAUCUUAUCAAGGCUCUGCGGAAUGGCGACUGGGUGCUCCUCGACGAAAUUAACCUGGCGUCUCCAGACACUCUGGAAAGCAUCACAGACCUAUUGACCGGCCCAAAUGAGCGACCUUCGAUAUUGCUCUCGGAGACUGGCGAGAUCCAGAAGAUUAUUGCGCAUCCCAACUUUCGCAUCUUUGGUGCGAUGAACCCGGCGACAGAUAUCGGUAAAAGAGAUUUGCCAGCCGGAAUCCGUUCCAGAUUCACGGAGCUCUACGUCAAGAGUCCGGAUACCGACGAAAAAGACCUACUUCAAAUCAUCAAGACGUAUCUGGGCAGCACAAGCAACAAGAAUGACAAAGCCGCCAACGAUAUUGCGCGACUAUAUCUCAACACUAAAAAGCUGGCCGAGCAGAAGCGAAUCGUCGAUGGUGCCAACGAGGUCCCGCAUUUUAGCCUGCGAACCCUUACUCGCGUACUGACCUAUGUCAAUACUAUCGGAUCUCUCUACGGCGUUCGAAGAGCUCUGUAUGAGGGCUUCUCCAUGGGAUUCCUUACACUACUGGACCGUCAAUCGGAGGACAUGCUAGUGCCGCUCAUCUACCACUACCUGCUUGAUAGCCAUGGCGACCCCCAAUCACUUCUAUCGCAGCCCCCCAAGCAUCCCAACGAUGGCAGGAGCUAUGUGAGGUUUCAGAACAAGGCCCGUGAUAGACAGUACUGGCUCUUUCAAGGAGAAGAACAGCCUGUGGAAAGAGAUGACUAUAUUAUUACGCCCUAUGUUGAGCGCAACCUACUCAACCUGGUUCGAGCUACUUCCACACGACGAUUCCCCAUCCUCAUCCAAGGUCCUACGUCUGCUGGUAAAACCAGCAUGAUUGAGUAUCUUGCCAACUUUACUGGCAACAAAUUUGUGCGUAUCAACAAUCACGAGCAUACCGACUUGCAGGAGUAUCUCGGCACUUAUGUAUCUGGGUCAGACGGAAAACUCAAGUUCCAGGAGGGAGUCCUUGUUCAAGCAAUGAGACAUGGACAUUGGAUAGUUCUCGACGAGCUGAACCUAGCGCCCACCGACGUCCUUGAGGCGCUCAACCGACUGCUUGACGACAACCGUGAGCUGCUCAUUCCCGAGACGCAAGAAGUAGUCCGCCCGCAUGAAAACUUUAUUCUCUUCGCGACUCAGAACCCACCCGGCCUCUAUGGUGGACGAAAAGCUCUCUCGCGCGCUUUUCGAAAUCGAUUUUUGGAGCUACACUUCGAUGACAUCCCGGAGGAUGAGCUGGAGUUUAUCUUACAACAGCGCAGUCGCAACACAUCGCCGCCCGACUGCCGCCGUAUCGUGACCGUAUACAAGGAGCUCUCCAGACUUCGCCAAACCAGUCGACUCUUUGAGCAGAAAGAUAGUUUCGCCACGCUUCGAGAUCUUUUUCGAUGGGCACUGCGAGAGGCUGAAACUCGCGAGGACAUUGCUGCGCAUGGCUUUAUGCUUCUCGCGGAACGAGUCCGAAAUGAGGAGGAGAGACAGGCUGUGAAAGAGAUUAUUGAAAAGGUUUUCAAGGUGAAGAUUGACACCCAAAGGCUUUACUCCGCACAGCACGCACUCGAGUUGAGGAGUUUUGCUGCCCAGAAGAACGGUCAAGGUGUUGUCUGGACUCACGCUAUGCGCCGACUCUACGUCCUGGUUUCGCGGGCGCUGAAAAACAACGAACCCGUUCUCUUGGUUGGUGAAACUGGUUGCGGUAAAACUACUGUUUGCCAGCUCCUCGCGGAAGCACUCAAGAAAGAGCUGCACAUUGUCAACGCUCACCAAAAUACGGAAACUGGGGAUUUGAUUGGCUCCCAGCGACCAGUACGCAAUCGCGGAGCCAUUUUUGAUGCGCUGGACAAGGAUCUUGCUCUGGCGCUUAGACUUGCAGGCCUCUCCGUUCCUGAACCCCCUGAGGAGAAGUACCAGCUUUACGAAUCCCAAGCCAUCAAUAGCGACCAGGUCAAUAGCGAACUCAGAAGCAGAAUCGCCAGCAAUGCCACCAGGAGUAAAGCUCUCUUUGAGUGGUCCGAUGGCGCUCUUGUUGAGGCCAUGAGAGAUGGGCAAUUCUUUCUGUUGGAUGAGAUUUCUCUCGCUGACGACUCUGUUUUGGAGCGGUUGAACUCAGUGCUUGAGCCGCAGAGGACGCUGCUUCUGGCCGAGAAGGGCAGCACCGAUUCUUUCGUUGUCGGCUUGCCGGGCUUCCAGUUUUUCGCGACCAUGAACCCCGGUGGUGACUUUGGCAAAAAGGAGCUUUCGCCGGCUCUUCGCAACCGUUUCACCGAGAUUUGGGUCCCUCCGCUUUCCGGCGAUGAUGACAUUUACGAGAUUGUUCAGACAAAAUUGAAGGACGAUGUAAAGCAGGCUACCAAGACCAUUAUUGACUUUGCUGUUUGGUUUGGCGCCACGUUCCGCCCCAUGGCUACUACCCCAUUCUCAAUCCGUGAAAUCUUGGCCUGGGUACAGUUCAUAAACUCCGCCUCAGCUAGCCAUAUGCCAUUUGCGCUGGUCCAUGGAGCUUCGGCAAUCUUCAUUGAUAGCAUUGGUGCCAAUCCAUCCGCAGUCCUCGCCACAGAUACCCAAACGACACAGAGACAACGCCAACAGUGCCUCGAAAAGCUGACCGAAUUUAUUGGAGAAGAUGCCUCUCGUGUUUAUGAUUCCGAGCCAGAGUUCAAGGUUACCUCAGACACCCUGGCCGUCGGCUCGUUCAGCAUCCCUCGCGCGCCAAACGCCUCGCCUCUUGCAGAGUUUGCCUUCCACGCUCCGACUACCCGAAGAAACACUAUGCGAGUCGUCCGAGCUCUGCAGAUGCACAAACCCAUUCUUCUGGAAGGUAGCCCCGGCGUGGGAAAAACUUCUCUUGUCGCGGCCCUCGCCCAUGCCUGUGGCCAACCCCUCACUCGCAUCAAUCUCUCAGACCAGACUGAUCUCAUGGAUCUGUUUGGGACUGAUGUGCCUGUUGAGGGAACCGAGGCUGGCAAUUUUGCGUGGCGCGACGCCCCGUUCUUGCAAGCGAUGCAAAAGGGUCAAUGGGUUCUGCUCGACGAAAUGAACCUGGCUUCUCAAUCUGUGCUGGAGGGUCUAAAUGCCUGUUUAGAUCAUCGUGGUGAGGUGUACGUGUCGGAGCUCGACCAAGUCUUCAAACGCCACCCCAAUUUCCGCCUCUUUGCUGCGCAAAACCCUCAUCACCAAGGAGGUGGCCGCAAGGGAUUGCCUGCAUCCUUUGUCAACCGUUUCAUCGUCGUCUACGCGGAUGUAUUUACCGACGAGGAUCUCAAGCUCAUUGCGUCUCACAACUUCCCCAACUUGCCCGUUAACGUGGUCAGCAAGCUGAUUCAGUUCGUUACUGAGAUGGAUAAGCAACUCGUCCUGGAUCGCUCGUUUGGUGCACAGGGCGGACCAUGGGAAUUCAACCUGCGCGACGUGCUCCGCUGGCUACAUCUGCUCAACUCCCCCGACCCGGUUUUGCAACAAGGCCAAACUGACGAUUUCCUGGACAUCAUGGUCCGGCAACGCUUCCGACUGCCACGAGAUAGAUCCGAAGUCACCAAGCUCUAUACCCAGAUUUUUGGCACUGAACCGCGCGGCCACAGUCUAUAUCACGAUCUGAAUGCCGAUUCCAGCCAAGUUGGCCUCGCACUCCUCCCUCGCAACGCUGCCACACAACCUGAGCGCCUGCCAGCAAUCGACAUCGUCCCGCGCCUACCUGAGCUCGAAUCUCUCAUGAUUUGCGUCAAGCAGAAUAUUCCGUGCAUCCUCACCAGUCCGUCAGGCCAUGGAAAGACGGCGCUGUUGGAGUACGUUGCGGCCUUAUCCGGCAAGCCCCUUGUUGUGUUCCCGAUGAAUGCAGAUGUUGAUACGAUGGAUCUUGUUGGUGGCUUUGAGCAAGCUGAUCCUCUUCGCGAAAUUAACGCUGCUAUUCGCGACUUGCGCGCGUUUCUCCACGACUCCAUUAUGGCUAUGAUCCCGAACAAGCUUCCCAACUCGGUUCUAGCUUUACUGUACGAGGUCGACAAUUUCUCCGGCGACAGCGACGAAAUUUCGCGUAUCCAAGACUCGAUCGUCUCCAUUCUUCACGAGCUUCCCGCCGACUCGGAUGUGAGCAUUCAACUCUCCAAAGCUGCCACACUUCUCGCGCAACCCCUGGUGCUCAAAAACCCAAGAUUUGAAUGGCUUGAUGGAGUCAUAAUCAAAGCUCUAGAAUCUGGGAAGUGGCUGGUCCUGGAUAACGCAAACCUUUGCAAUGCAUCUGUUCUAGAUCGGUUGAACUCGCUCCUGGAACCCAGUGGCUUCCUAAGUGUAAACGAGCACUGUGGACCAGGAGGCGAACCGCGGAUCGUGAGACCCCAUCCGGACUUCAGAAUCUUUCUCACGGUAGACCCAAGAUAUGGCGAGCUGUCCCGCGCAAUGCGCAACCGAGCUGUCGAGAUUUAUCUAUGCGAUAGCCCUCCAAGUGUGCACUCCAGCCUCCAUUACAUCGCACCUAUCGAGAGCGGUCUCCAGGGAUACCUUGCAGCCCUGGAUGCUUCAAAGUUGCUGGCGCAGAAUGACAUGCCGUCUAAGGCUUUAGAAAUUUCUCUCCAAAAUCUCAGCCUUCAGGAUCUAUCUAUUCUCUUGCGCUUCAUGAACGAGUUCGGACAAGAGCCAGCACUCGCGACCAGCCUGCAGCAUUUUGUCGGCUUUCUACAGUCCCCCAGCGGGAUUUAUGCUCUAGAGAAUGUCUCAGAUCUCUAUUCCAGUCUGCCUGCGAGCCUUAUCGGAGGUAUAGCCCACUCCCAACCAGUCCACCCGUUGAAUAAUUACGCUGUGUCGCGCAUGGCACAGGCCGGAAAGUCGGUGGAAUGGGCUGCGAUAAUUUACGAUGCCUCAGUGGAAAUAUUCGGUAUUCGAAAAACUAUCGAGCAUCACGCCUCCCUGGCUCGGACUUCGAAACUCGCCGCUUUGAACAGACUACAGCGAUCCCUUGUUAGUGGUCGUGUUGCCGUUGUGUCAAAGGACUCUACUGUCAGGUUGGCGGCCUUCAUGGAGGCCGUGCUGACAGCUAUUCAUGCGUACCUUGGCAACACACCAUCCAAUGAGCAUGACGCCUCUGCCAGAUUCCUAAGUCUGGUAUGGAACUACGUUGCACGCACAAUCACAUUGGUUACCGAGGAAAUCAUGGACGAAGCUAAGUUCCAGGCUCACUUGAUCCAAGGCACACGACUGCUCAAGAAGCAAGUCGCAAAGAUCGCGUCUCCAGAACUCUCUUCCCUUGCUUCUCACAUCCUUGGCAAGUUACAAAGUGAUUUUGCCAGCGGAUUCAAAUUGUCGACAGGUCUUAGCAUGGAACAGCUUUGGAAUACUCUUCGGCCGCUUCCCAUCCCUAGUAAAUUCAUUUACGACGAGGUGCUCAAGCUCGAUCACCUUGUGACCAGGUUUGACGAGCUGCGUUGGAAGACAAGAGCUAGUAUUACAGAGCUUUCCAAGGCCCAGCAGACCCUAGAGCAAGCAUACUCGAUUGUCCGAUCAGGCGCCAACAGCUCCGAUGAACUCGUGCGAGAGCUUUCUGCGGUUGUUGAAUCUCUCGAGAGUCAAACAGGUGACGAAACAGGAAAACGAAUUCCUUUCUUUGCGUCGCAAUUUGAAGGCCUUCGACAAAUUGAUAUGCUGCGUCCGAAGCCCACUGCCGAUGCUGGAAACUAUGAGCUCUCUAUGCUGUCCGACAUCUCAACUCGAGCCCGGUUAAUGCUCGCAAGCACGUCUGGCCCUGCAUCCUGGCUUCAGUAUAUCGACUGCUUGGUUCAUCAAAACCAGUAUCCUUGGGAUGGACGCUUGAUGCUGUCUACUUGGCACAAGCUCGAAAGCAUCGGCUCGGUCACAUUGAACUCCUUGCAGCUGCUCGAGACUGAGCUGCCAGCCCUGGGCCGACACAUGGCACAAAUGACUGCCAACAUCUCCACCAACCCUGCCGUCCAGCUAAACAGAGUCCUGCAAAUUCUUCUGCUUGAUGUUUUUGCCAGCCAUGGCGAAUCAUCUCGUGCUCUUGGACUUGAGCUCUUUUCCAAGGCUUCAGAGUUCAGCACCACAGUCGACGGCUGCGAAGACGUCCUGCGGGAUGUUUGUGCUGCAAAGGAACAGCUGCCUGCCCACCUUUUACAAACUGUUCUCCAGCACUUCAUCCCGGCGAUUGUCGGCAUUGCUGCUUCGACCACGUCCGGCAGCCCCAGCACAUGGCAGUGUGGCUUGGCCUGGGUUCAAUUUACCAUUGGACUCACAAAGCUUUACGUCCCCGACCGUAUAAUUGACCCCCAACUCAGUCCCAUGAUGGAGCGCCAAUUCUUUGAGCAACUUGAAACCUUGUUGCGCGAGAAGCUCUCACAUGUUCAGGCUUUCAACGAAAUCUUUGCUGGCCAGCUCACAAGUACCAGAGAGCAGCUUCUUGCUGACGAGAUAAAUCAGCUGGACCCGCUCCCCGAAGAGGUGGUUGCGGUCUUCAGACCUGAACGGUCCGAAUUGAGCCAAAUUCACGCCGAGUUCUCCAACGUCCUCAAAUCUAUUGUGGGCUCCAAUGUUCUCACGACACUGCAGCCUCGAGCGGACUCCACAGAGGGCGAAAGUGGCCUCCCCUUGCUGAAAGAAAAUAUCAUGAGACUACUUGAUCGCCUUGGGGCCCGAUUCCAAGCAUACCAGGACAUCACAAGACCAGUUUCAAGUCUGCUGCGCUGCUUCCUUAUCGGAUUAUCACUCUGCGAGUCCACAAACGCUGCGAAGCUGGACAGCCCUCUCCAAGCCAUCGCGAAUGCAACACCUUACCUUGGUGGUCUUCACAUGAGCGGAUUCAUUGCGGAGGCGGACAAGUCAUUCGAAUUUCUUGAUGUUGUGAAUAGCAAAACUGCCAUCAACGGCCAGUCGGAGCUCGACGAUGAGUUGCGACAGCGAGUCUUCGAGUGCUUCCACGCCUUCUUUGACAACUGGAGCAAGCGCCUCGAAGCAGACAAGAGGGAAGAAGCUGCCAAGACUAGCAUGUACCGAUUCCGCGGCUCGUUGGAAGACGAAGAAGAAGUGGAUGCUGAAGAGUUCAACGAGCUGUUCCCAUCAUUCGACGAAGAGAACCCCUCCGCCCAGCCCAGCAAAAACAAGGACGAGGUUCGCAACAUGUCGUUGAGGGUGGCGGAAAUUCACAAGAAGCUAUUCUUAGAAAGCGAUGGCCCUUCUGCCGCCCUUCGCCGUGCGUGCUUUAGCAUUUGCAACCGCAUUGUGCGUGAAUCGGGAGGCCAUGCCAACCUUGACGGGGAUUUGCAGAGCAGAUUUAUUGCCCCUGUUAUUCUUCUUCUGAGUGAAAAAGUUCACGAGCUUCAAACGCCACCGAUAGACAAGACCUACAACUUCUACACACACGCCAACCUUACCGAAGCGCGCCAAUUGGUCGCUGUUGUGCAUGAUAUUCGGGCCAAGUUCCGAGAGCUGCAGAUGGUUGAUGAAAUCGGCCACAUGCAGCCCUUAGCGGAUGUCAUUCAAGCAUGUGAUGGAGUGCUAGAGAUUGUUCAUACUGAGCCCCUCGCCAAGAUUGUGCACAAGGUAGAGCACCUGCACGCCCUUGUUUACGAGUGGCAGUUUGGAGGCUGGGCCAGCCAGAAGUACGGCGUCCUGAACCUACACAACGCUCUGACUGGAACAAUUAUCCGCUGGCGCAGACUUGAAUUGUCCACGUGGGGAAAUCUCUUCGACAUGGAAAAGACCAAGUGCGAAGAGGACGCUUACUCAUGGUGGUUUAUUGCCUAUCAAGUAAUCAUCGCCGUACCACUUUCAAUGGUAGACUCCAGAUCCGAGCUGCAGACAUACGCGAUAUCUCUUCUGCAAAGCUUGCAGUCAUACUUCUCCACGUCCAUCAUUGGACAGUUUCGAACGCGAGUCUCCUUGCUCAGACAGCUUUUGGCCCAUUUGAAAGCCCUGGUUCAAGACUACCCCAACCUUGCCAUCAUCACGCAGGCUGUUGCCAACUUCCUCGCUUUCUAUGCAAGGUUUGAGACUGUUGCAGACAAGACUAUCGCGGCGGGUCGUGCGCCAAUUGACAAGAAAAUGAAGGAUGUACUUCUCAUGGCCAGUUGGAAGGACACGAACAUCACAGCUCUCCGCGAGAGCGCAAAGAAGUCCCACCUCAAGCUGUUCCGUAUUGUGCGCAAGUUCCGCGGGGUUCUUGGCCAAGAAAUGAAGACUGUGAUUGCGCAAGGUUUGCCCGACGAAACGACCUUCCCCGGAAAUACUAGUCUCGCGUCUCAAGCCGAGCCUGCCGUUUCGACUGAGAUGUUGACGCUGCUGGAGUCAAAUGCCCCUGGUUGGCUUUCUAGCCACAAGCGCCUUGCCAACGUCACAAAGACAGUUUCGGUGAUGAACAAGAUUGCCAACACCCCCCAAAUCACCGGAACAGUCGCCGACAGCCUCGAGUUGUAUCUAUAUAGCCUAGAAGAGUCCAUGGCAGAGCUUCGCAAGGAAACUCCGGUACAUCUAACCGAGGAAAACAAGACGGAAGUGAAGCAUCUCAAGACAAGAAAGCGUAAGCUCUUUGCCGACACCUUACGAGAGCUACGCAACAUGGGCCUCCGGUACAACCUUGCUCAAGAACCCCUUGCAGAGCAAGACUCGUUGGCGGUGGUCCUUGCAUCGGGUGCCAAUAUUAUUCUGGACAGCUCCGCCUCUUUCAACGAAGCCGAAUACUAUUUCCACAAGAUGCUGGACUUGGCACCUAAGGUCCGGGAUGCGGCGCGUGACCACUCCGAAGAUCUCACAUCUGCUGAGGUAACCCGCAGCAUCGGCUUUGUUGAAGGUUUCAUCUACCUGUCUCGAUCCCAACGUCGAACUAUCGCCGCGGCCACUAGAUCUCUCAGUGCUCUUCAAUGCGCUGUGGCGUCGUUUACUGAGUUGCGACAUUUCGAGAAACUGGGCCACCUGCGGAAUCAGACCGAAGAGAACAAUUGCGAGACCCUGCUGCCCUGGGUUGUGCAGCUACUAAGAUUCGGCAUUGACCUGGUGCGUUCUCACGGAAAGCUCCUCGGCACUGGCCACGAUUCGGUGUUGGAAAAGCUCCAGGUCUGGGUUGGACGCUUUGAAGGCUACCUCAAGACACUGCACAUGCUGCCGAAUUUACCGACAAACCUGACAUCAGACUCAUACGAAGCAACGCACGCAAAUGUGUCUAGUGCGCUUGUUCAGAUGCGGUCGGAGUUAGCAGACAUGAUGCGGCAAUCCCCCAACUUGUCGUUCGUCCUUAGUUACAUCUCAAGCUGGUCGAAUACAGAGAUUGAAGCGAAAGACUCUGAGCUGCUCAAUGUUCCUCUAGUCAACUUCGGAGGCAUUCUGGCAAGGCUUAGCGACACCGUCUUGGUUGCUGUGGAGGCAGCCAAGAAGAAGGCCUUUGAGGUUUCGACAAAUGAAGAAGAGCCAGGCUGGCUCGUCCUGCACAAUGAUGGUUUGUACUCAGUGCUUAAGCACCUUCGCAUGGAUGGAUUUGCCAAGAGCGUCGAACAGGCCCUGCAAUUACUUGAGAAAUUGGAUAUGAGCUCAACAGCGACAAGUAGCGCGGCCGCUGGUAUGAUUGCGGUUGUCUCGUCAAUUUUGCAAGAAUUUGUCUACCUCUGUCAAAAGUCAGCCGAGAAUGCCCUUAAUCUGCACAAAUCUACAACACAUAUGGGAUACGUCUUGACCCGCGCUUUUACUCAAAUUGCUACCCAAGGUUUCUGCACCCCUCAUGAAAAAUCAGACGAAACGUCGGGAGAAGGUAGCGUUGAGGCGGGUACUGGUCUUGGCGAUGGAGAGGGUGCUGAGGACAUAAGCAAGGAUAUCCAACCUGACGAGGACCUGUCUGAGCUCGCGCAGGAGGCGAACCAGGAAAAGAAUGGCGAGAUGGAGGAUGAGAAGGAUGCUGUUGACAUGGCUGAUGAAGAACUCGAGGGCGACAUGGGAAGCGUCGAUGGUGCGGAUGACGAAGACGAAGGAUCCAAGAACGGGGAAGAAGAGGAGGAAGAAAAUGAAAUGGAUGAGGAAGCAGGCGAUGUUGACGACUUGGACCCUACUGCCGUGGACGAGAAGAUGUGGGAUGGCCAAGACGAAGAAAAGGCCGACAAGGACCAGCAGGGAGACAAGCCGCACGGUCAAAAGAAGGACGACGAUCCAAUUCCUGAUGAGACCAACCCUAGCAAGGAGGAAGCUGAAAAGCAGGCUGAUGGUGACGACAACAAGGAUGAUGCCCAAGAGGAUGAAGCUGUGGACGAAGUUGAGGAGGUUCAGGCCCAGGACGAAAUGAACAAGCAAGACCGAAAUGUCCAAGAAAAUGACACCCUUGCAUUACCCGAGGAGAUGGAUCUGGAUCUGAAGGACGAGGAAGAAAUGCCUGGCGAUGACGAUCUCGACGACCUUUCUGAUGUCGAUAAAGAUGAACCUGUCCCUGAACAGGUUGAAGACAAUGCCGAUGAAGAUGGGGAUGAAGAAACUGGUAAUGAGACGCAACAGAAGGCUGCUGCUCCCGAAGAAGAAGAUGACGAAAGGGAUGAAAAUGAAGUAGAGGAGAAGGAUGCCGAUGCUGUUGGUGAAGAUAAAGUUGACGAAGAUGUCAAGGAGGAACCGGAGCAAGAGGAGAAAACGGAUGAGGAGCAGCCAGAGAACGCCCAAGAUCAGUCUGACCCGGCAGAUGCAGCUGAGCUUGACAAUGCAGCGCCAAGCGACGUCAAGAACUCUGGACAGGACCAAAACAAGGACGCAAAGGAGUUGGAUGACCAAUUCCAAGUUGAUGCGGCGGAGCAAAAUGAGGGUGACAUGGGAGACGCUGGUGCCGAUGAGAAUACCAGCUCUGGAAACAAGGGCGCCGUUUCGCAGACAGAACAUCCGGCGGAGCAACAAGAUCACGAUGCAGCAGAGCCCGAGAGCGCGCGCAAUGACCCUUUCAAGAAGCUGGGUGAUGCUUUAGAACGCUGGCACCGUCAGCAGUCUGACAUCAAAGAGGCUCAACCGAACGAGGACGUCAAAAAGGAACAGGCCAGCCAACCGGAUGAGCAGACGCAGCGAGAAUUCCAGCACCUGCAAGACGACAGCACUGCACCCGAUACUCAAGCCAUGGGCACGGCAGACAACGAAGAUAUCCAACCGAUGGAUGAAGCCAUGGCCAUUGAUGAGGAGAAGAAGGAUCCUGAGAGCCGCGUCACUGAAGGAGCUGACGAGCAAGAGCCGGAUGAAGUUUCCGACGAGAUGGAUACGACAGAGGCAGACGGCACCAAGGCUGACAACGAGCGGGAGGACGACGGCCGAUCCGGUGUCAAGACGCGCCAGGGCAACUUCGACAGAGAACCAACACCCGAAGAGGAUGGCGUCGAAAAGCAAGAGGUAGAUGAAGACGAAUUCCUGCAAGACGCCUCGGAGAAGCUUUCCGCCACGCACAUCUCCGAAGAAGACCGUCCGCUCCGCGACUUUGACGCCUGCCUGCACGAGUGGUCCGACUUUCAGAGCAAGACGCACAGCCACUCCCUCUCGCUGACGUCGCAGCUGCGGCUCAUCCUCACGCCGUCGCAGUCGACCAAGCUGUCCGGCGCCUUCCGAACCGGCAAGCGGCUCAACAUCAAGCGCAUCAUCCCGUACAUCGCGUCGAGCUACAAGCGCGACAAGAUCUGGAUGCGGCGCAGCGUGCCGACCAAGCGCACGUACCAGGUGCUGCUGUGCGUGGACGACUCGCGCAGCAUGGGCGAGUCGUCGUCGGGCGCGCUGGCCAUGGAGUCGCUCGUCAUGGUCUCGCGGUCGCUCGCGAUGCUCGAGGUCGGGCAGGUCGGGGUGCUCGGCUUCGGCGCUGACGUCUUCGCCGCGCACUGCCUGUCGGACCCGUUCUCGGCCGACGCCGGCGCCAAGGUGCUGCAGCGGUUCUCGUUUGGCCAGGACCGCACGGACAUUGCGCGGCUGAUCCGCCGCACGAUCGACACGUUCCGCCUCGCGCGGCAGCAGCAGUCGGGCGGUGGUGCCGGGGCGGACCUGUGGCAGCUGGCGCUCAUCUUGUCGGACGGGCUGACGCCGUCGUCGGCGCACGACGAGAUCCGCAGGCUGCUGCGGGAGGCAAUGGAGGAGCGCAUCAUGGUCGUCUUCAUAAUCAUGGACGACAGGGACAAGAAGGCCGGCGACAGUGUGCUGGAGCUCAAGGAGGCCCGGUUCGUCAGCGACGGCAGUGAGAGCAAGGUGGUCAUUGAGCGCUACCUCGAUACGUUUCCGUUCCAGUACUACCUGAUUGUGCACAACUUGGAGGAGCUGCCGAGCGCAUUGGCCGGCUUGUUGCGUACAUGGUUUGCAGAGGUUAAUUCGUGA